UGGAUACUUGGCGUGACUCUCCGCUAGCAACUCGGUUGAAGGCGACUCGCCCAGACUCAGCGAGACUCCGUGAACGCGAUCGCUUCGUCGUCGUCCUGGGUCACCGUCGUAGCGGCAACUUCUACCGCCAGCACUCACCAAGAGGAUGGAAGCUCGCGGCUCGUGCGCGCUCCUGCUGUGCCUCGUGGCCGCAAUGGCCCUGCAGGCGAACGCCAGGGCGACGGGAAUGGACAUCUGUACGUCGGGGUUUCUGAGCACCGAGCACAUGAAGAAACUCGUGAAGGUCGUGGAUCAAGUUCCAGAUGAUCAGAGCAACUUCAGGAUCCUGCCCAACACGGAUGAAAUGCGUCACCACGUGCUGAAGCAAGACGAGACCAGCGUGUGCCUCUUCCGCAAGGCAGUGGCCGAGCUGUACGCGGCCGCCUUCCACGCAGCGGGAACUCUGCGGUUCAUGGGCAACAGGGAAGCGAAGAAGAAUCACGACACAUUUCACAGCUUCGCUCGGCCCAGCUGCGGAACGACGCAGGAAGGCGAACAGGACGCCAGAUUCAAGAAAAUCAUGGCAAGACUCGCUGAUGCCAAACUCAAGAUUCCCUCGGACGAGGCGAUGCUCCGCAAGGUUCUCCGAGAGACGGAGCUGCUGCCCAUCGCGUGCACGGAGCGCGCGGACCGCGAGAAGCCGUCGGGCGGUCGGCGCGGAGGAGGAGGAGACGGCGGCGGCGGCGGCAAGCGGAAUUCGGGAGCGAAGAAGCCGCGAGGCGGAAAGCAGCAGCGGCAGGGUGGAGAGAAGCGGCGCAGAAAGUCCCGGCAGUGAGCCGCCCGCUGCUGCUGCUGCUGUGCCAACACCCAGGACUGUGCGAUCCAAAAUGCGUCCGCGCCCGGCGAACCACGUCCAGUAUACCUCUCGUUGUGCCUGCGUUUAACUCGGCACGUGCAGC